UACGCACCGGAAGUCCUUACGGUCCAUGGCACUAUGGUCGGCAGUAACUUCCGGGGUUGGGUCUGCGGGUCGGAAGUUUGAAAGAGCUGCAGAGAUGGGAGCCCGCGGGUAGCUGCUGCCCUUGGUGUGUUCGCUCUGAGCAUCUGUGGCCUGGCCUCCCCUCACCAUGUUCCUUGCGCGCCUGACUUCACGGCUGGUCAGGGCUGUUCCCUGGGCAGGUUUCCGUCGUUCCUGGCCUAAUUCCGGGGUGACCAGCAGCCAUGCUUUUCGACCCCUUUACAGUUUGCAGUUUGCAAGCUUAACUCGGGUCGCCUCCCUUCCUUGUAAGGGGGCUCAGUUGGAGCUUGAGGAGUUCCUGGUCCCCAGGAGGAUGUCCAUCAGCCCGCUAGAGAGCUGGCUGACUGCCAGAUACCUGUUGCCCAAACUGGAUGUUGGGGUCCCAAUGACUGUGGUUCCCUCCCGAUUCCACAAGUGUCCCCCCAGCCAGGAGGAGGAAGAACCCAAGCAGGGCGUCAGGGACGCCACUCCAAUGCAGUGCAAAAAUGUACUGAAGAUCCGAAGACGGAAGAUGAACCACCACAAGUACCGUAAGCUGAUCAAGAGGACACGGUUUCAGCGGCGUAAAGUCCGGGAGGGACGUCUGAAAAGGAAGCAGAUCAAGUUUGAGAAAGAGUUGAAGCGCAUCUGGCUAAAGGCAGGCCUGAAGGAAGCCCCUGAGAGCUGGCAGACCCCAAAGAUCUACAUGAAGAAUAAAUGAGUCUGGAGUUCCAUCCCUCUGGCCCUCUGGCUGCUGCUGACCCGUUAUAAUAAACGUUGGAAGGACUCUA